GUAAAAUUGUGCAGUGGAAGUUAAAUAACAGGCAGCAUGAAAAGAAGCGCAAGGAUACUCAAAUUAGCAAGAAAUUGUGCAAAUAAAGAAAAUUCAUGUGACUUAUUUGAUUUAACGUUACCUUCAAAUCAGAAAAAUAAGGAAGAAGUAUCUCUUUCUAGUCCUGACGUUUCUGACACAGACUCAAAUUAUACCCCGCCUAUACAAGAUACUACUUCUGAUGAAUCUUGCAUAGACGACGAUAGGAUCUUGGAUAAAGCUUGCUCACUAGGUUUUGUACUUCAUGCAUCUACAGAAUCUCAAAAUCCUCAGAAAAACAACUCAUUAAUAGAACGUAAACCCUUAUCUGACAAAAACAUUGAGCAGUCUUCAUAUGUAAAAACUUCAUUAAUUAGUAAUGAUAGUGUUUUGAGUCACAUAAGUAAUUCACCCUGUGAUACUUUUGCUGUGGACAUAAAAUUUUAAAACCUGCAUCCUCACGGGCACAUAAAACAAACAAUGUUGUUUCGGAAGACAAUUCAGAUGUCGAUAUUAAUAAUGAUGCCCAAGAAGAAAACCUUACAAAUGAUGAUAUUAUAAUACCAAAGCAACAACCCAAAAGCAAACGUGUUAUUCGUGAUAGAGACUACUGUUUUUUCUGCGAAGGUUUAGUUUUAAACUUUGCAAGACAUUUAACUAGACAUCACGUGUAUGAACCUGAAGUGCAAAAAAUUUUAUCGAAAUCCAAAAAAAGUCAGGAGAGAAAAGAACUUAUCAUGGA